AGCAUCCUGCAUCCUUGGGUACCACCCUGCAUCCCUGAGCAGCAUCCUGCAUCCUUGGGUACCACCCUGCAUCCCUGAGCAGCAGCAUCCCGCAGCCCCGGGUACCCCUCGGCACCCCCGGGUCCCAUCCUGACCCCUCGGCUGUGAGCAGCCCCCCGGCCCCGAGCAGCAGCCGCCCCCUUGGCCCCUCUCGACGCCCCCCGACCCCCGCCAUGGCCGAGCCCAGCUCCGAGUGCAGCAUCAAGGUCCUGUGCCGGUUCCGGCCCCUCAACCAGGCCGAGAUCCUGCGGGGGGACAAAUUCCUGCCCGUGUUCCAGGGGGACGACAGCGUCGUGGUGGGGGGCAAACCCUACGUGUUCGACCGCGUGUUCCCCCCGAACACCACGCAGGAGCAGGUGUACCACGCGUGUGCCAUGCAGAUCGUCAAGGAUGUGCUGGCCGGGUACAACGGGACCAUCUUCGCCUACGGGCAAACGUCAUCGGGCAAGACCCACACCAUGGAGGGGAAGCUGCACGACCCCCAGCAGAUGGGGAUCAUCCCCCGCAUCGCCCGCGACAUCUUCAACCACAUCUACUCCAUGGACGAGAACCUGGAGUUCCACAUCAAGGUGUCCUACUUUGAGAUUUACCUGGACAAGAUCCGGGACCUGCUGGACAUGACCAAAACCAACCUGUCGGUGCACGAGGACAAGAACCGGGUCCCCUACGUCAAGGGCUGCACCGAGCGGUUCGUGUCCAGCCCCGAGGAGAUCCUGGAUGUCAUCGACGAGGGGAAAUCCAACCGGCACGUGGCUGUCACCAACAUGAACGAGCACAGCUCCCGCAGCCACAGCAUCUUCCUCAUCCACAUCAAGCAGGAGAACGUGGAGACCGAGCAGAAGCUCAGCGGGAAACUCUACCUGGUGGACCUGGCGGGCAGCGAGAAGGUGAGCAAGACGGGGGCGGAGGGGGCGGUGCUGGACGAGGCCAAAAACAUCAACAAGUCCCUGUCGGCGCUGGGCAACGUCAUCUCGGCGCUGGCCGAGGGCACGAAGGCGUACGUGCCCUAUCGCGACAGCAAGAUGACGCGGAUCCUGCAGGACUCGCUGGGCGGCAACUGCCGCACCACCAUGUUCAUCUGCUGCUCGCCCAGCAGCUACAACGACGCCGAGACCAAAUCCACGCUCAUGUUCGGCCAGAGGGCCAAGACCAUCAAGAACACGGCGUCGGUGAACCUGGAGCUGACGGCCGAGCAGUGGAAGAAGAAGUUCGAGAAGGAGAAGGAGAAGAACAAAGCGCUGCGCGAGGCGCUGGCGCGGCUGGAGGCGGAGCUGAGCCGCUGGCGCAGCGGGGAGGCCGUGCCCGAGACGGAGCAGCUGAACGAGGCGGAGGCCGAGACGGGCCCGGGGGAGGGCCCGGGGGAGGGCCCGGGGGGCGCCCCCGAGGAGCCGCCCCUGAACGACAACAGCUCCUCCAUCGUCAUCCACAUCUCGGACGAGGAGCGCCGCAAGUACGAGGAGGAGAUCCGCAAGCUCUACAAGCAGCUGGACGACAAGGAUGACGAGAUCAACCAGCAGAGCCAGAUCAUGGAGAAGCUCAAGCAGCAGAUGCUGGACCAGGAGGAGGUGCUGGCGGCGGCGCGGGGCGGGGGCGAGGCGGCGCGCCGGGAGCUGGCGGCGCUGCGGGCCGAGCACGGCGCGGCGCGGGCCGAGGUCACCGAGGUGCUGGCGGCGCUGGAGGAGCUGGCGCGGAGCUACGACCGCAAGGCGCAGGAGGCCGAGGACACCGGGCGGCACAACCGGCGCCUCGCCGACGAGCUGGCCCGGACCGAGGCCACCACUCUGUCGCUGGAGUCGGAGCUGUCGCGGGCGCGGGAGCUCGGGGGGCAGCAGCGGCGCCGCGCGGCCGAGGUGCUGAACGGGCUCCUGCGGGACCUGAGCGAGCUGAGCGCGCUGGUGGGCAGCGGGGACAUCAAACUGCCGGUGGAGGUGAGCGGGGCCAUCGAGGAGGAGUUCGCCGUGGCCCGGCUCUACAUCAGCAAGAUCAAGUCCGAGGUGAAGUCGGUGGUGAAGCGCUGCCGGCAGCUGGAGAACCUGCAGGUGGAGUGUCACCGCAAGCUGGAGGUGACGGGGCGCGAGCUGUCCUCCUGCCAGCUGCUCAUCUCCCAGCACGAGGCCAAGAUCCGCUCGCUGACCGAGUACGCGCAGAGCCUGGAGCUGCGCAAGCGGCACCUGGAGGAGGCGCACGACGCGCUCGGGGAGGAGCUGGCGCGGCUGCAGGCGCAGGAGGCUGCGCAGGGCGCGGCGCGGAAGCAGCGGGAGCAGGAUGAGAGCCAGGACACGGACGAGGUCAAGGCGGCGCUGGAGCUGCAGCUCGAGAGCCAGCGCGAGGCUCAGCACAAGCAGCUGGCGCGGCUGCGGGACGAGGUCAACGAGCGGCAGAAAACCAUCGACGAGCUGCGGGACCAGAAGCAGAAGCUGGAGCUGGAGCUGGAGCGGCUGCGGGCGGAGCACGAGGCGCUGCGGGGGGAGGAGCGCGCCAAGGCCGCGCGGCUGCAGGAGCUGACACUCCUCUACGAGCGCCACGAACAAUCCAAGCAGGACCUCAAGGGGCUGGAGGAGACCGUGGCCCGUGAACUCCAGACCCUCCACAACCUGCGCAAGCUGUUUGUUCAAGACGUCACGACUCGAGUCAAGAAAAGCGCAGAGCUGGAACCCGAGGACAGUGGGGGGCUCCACUCCCAGAAGCAGAAGAUUUCCUUUCUUGAGAACAACCUGGAGCAGCUUACAAAAGUUCACAAACAGCUGGUCCGUGACAAUGCAGACCUGCGCUGUGAGCUUCCGAAGCUGGAGAAGCGGCUGCGCGCUACGGCUGGGCGAGUGCAGGCCCUGGAAGGGGCGCUGAGAGCCGCCAAGGAGGGAGCGCGGCUCGACAAGCGCCGCUACCAGCAGGAGGUGGAGCGGAUCCGCGAGGCCGUGCGGGCCCGGGGGGCGCGGCGGGGACCCGGAGCGCACAUCGCCAAGCCGGUGCGGCCGGGCCAGGUGCCGUCACCCACCGGGCUGAGCUACACCAACAGCCUGUUCCAGGGGUACCCCGGGGGGGGCCCCCUGCCCGGCCCCCACGGCCUCUUUGCCAGCGGCCCCCCCACGCUCUCCAGCAGCCCCCCGGACUCGUACCAGCAGCUCAACGUGGAUAAUGGGAACGUGACAGACAUCAAUGACAACAGGAGUGACCUGUCCUGCGCCUGCGAGGCCGAGGACGCGGCCAAGCUGUUCCCGCUGCGCCAGGAGACGGCGGCCAGUUAAUGCCCCAGGUCCCGCCCGGCUCCGCUCGCAUGUCCCGGUGUCACCCGUGUCACCCGUGUCACCCGUGUCCUGUGCUCGUGCCACGCUCGCCCCGCGCCGGGGGGGCUGCCCCUCCCCCCCCGGGACACCCCAACAUCCAUCCCGGGGGUCCCCAGCAGUGUGGGGGCGGGGCCGGGGGUCCCCCGAGCUGCCUUAACGCGGACCUGGAGAAUGUCCCCCCCUCCCCUCCCCCCCCCGCGCCCCCCGGGUCCCCCCGCUUGGCGUCUCGGCUGCGCCCCCCCCACGGGGCCGUUCUGGGGGUCCCCCCGCCCCCCCAGCGCUGCAUGUCCCGCCCAGCGCGGCCGGAGGAGAAAUAAACUGGAGAUGCUGA